CCCCCCCCCGAUCAUCACGCCUUUUCUGAUAUGCACUUUUCGUUAAUUAGAGACAUGUAUGUGUGUGUGUGUGCGUGUGUGUACAUAACGCGUGUGUACAUAAAUGUAUAUAACCGCAAAGUGGUGGGUGUCGCUUGUCUAAUUUUAAUCGAAUAUUUUAUAUAACAUGAUUGUUCAUACAUGGUCCUUCUAUUACCGGCAUCAUGCCGUUUUAAAAAUAUUACGAGUGGUUUUAUGCAAAAGUCUCAAACUAGAGUGGGUACUUAAUUUCACAGCCUAAUUAGUAUCAUUAGUUGAACAGUUAAUUAGGGAGCGUAAUACGGCGAUUGUACGGACGCUCUGGUAGACGAUCAGUCUACGGAACAGUGACUCGCUGUAAUGUGCGCUGGUUUGUAAAAUAUCCUUAAUGGAAUAAAGCUUGUUAUCCGCAAGUGAUGCGAUGGAACUAGUGACUGCGAUUCAGUAACCGCGUCGGUAUCUCUGUUACUGAGCCAAGAAAAAAAGGAAACGAUAUUUGUUCUUAUCGCUGAUUUACAUUAUUCGUAUGAGCCUUUUCGAUAGCUGUAAGAAGUGCAAGUUCAUUGUAACAUUUAGGAAAUACAUAUAAUAAGCUAACAGUGACAUUACAAUAAUGUUACAAUUUCCCACUCAACAAUGUAAUUGUCAUAUACAACGCAUGUUACAUAUUACAUUAUUGAGUAAGAAAUUAUAAUAUUGAUGUAAUGUUACUGUUUACGUUCUCUAUCUCGCAAGUCUGAUAAAAAUAACGCUGAAAUUUUCAAAAUAUCUUUCACAGGUAUUUUGAGGUGUACAUCGAUUGUCUAUUUAAAAAAAAAAACUGUCCACACAUCUCUAGGAGGCAAUCUAAAACAAUUAAGACAUCUUGGCCUGUUAUCCUAUUAACCUCAUGAGUUUUCGUUGCCUCUUUUUGUCCAAUUUUGUCAUUCUGCGACACACAUGUGGGCAGAAAUCUUGCAGAAUCGAGAGAGACCCUGUAUCUCAAAGCCUCGAUGACAACUUAAUGUUGAAAUGUUAGUGCUCUAGGACAUAAGUGAUAUAAUUUGCAUAUCGUGUAAUUAAGAAUCAAACGGAACAAUGGAGUAAUAUCUUGUUGGCUUGAAAGAUAAAGAGGGGGGGGAGGGGGUGAAAGGGAUAUUUAUAUUUAUCACAAUUUAGAGAUAUUUUUAGCAGAUUUUAAGACAUCUCGUCUUGCACAGCAAGUCAAGAUGUCUUUUUCGCUUUGUUCGUCCUGAAAAUUUUUGCGAGUGAAAUUAUAUUCUUGUUGCGCGACAUGUAAAAAACAUUGCGGUCCGCCGCAAGAAUUUACGGAAAGAUCAAUGUGAGAGAAUGUUGGAGAACGCAGAGAAGCGUAUGCUCUAGUUACCGCGAGACUCUUCGCGUACUCAACGGAGAUAACAUUACGAGCGAUUAGUAACUGCCGGUAGUAAUUGGCAUGCAUUAAAGAGCAAUUAAGUAUUAAAAAUCGCGCAUGAUAUUCUUUAUAAAAUGUAAGAGACGCGGGAAUAUGCUAUCUGAUGAACACAUUGUUUUCAAUUUAUUGUGUGCAAUGUCGAUAAAUCACGUCUGUAUGUGGAGGAGCCCAUGUUGCAUUGCGUUGUACCGCUAAGAACGAAAUGUAUCUCUCGAUUUUGUUUAUUAAGCGUCUUUCAUUCAUCACGUUUGUAUAUUUAAUUUUUAAUUACACCUUGUAUUUGUACGUUGUAUUUUUCUGAUUAAUAACGUCUUCGUUAUGUAAUUCGCAAGAUAUGCAAGUAGUUUUUACUAAAAAUCGUCCACGAAUCUCCGUUCUUCAACGCGAGCGAAAGUAUUCUCUUUGCACUUAUUGUGGAAAAAAAAAUCGGUUACUGUCAAGCGACUUGGAGAGAAGAUCCACCGGUUGUGUCCGGCGUCUCGGCGUAAAAACGGACGGAUUCAUGUGCGGCGGAGCCACAGGAGGGGAGCUUAUAUAAAGCAACUCUUCCUUCCAGGAAAACGCAAUGCUCCGGAAGCUCAUGUCACGCGAAGACGGUGUAACAUCUAGUCCAAUCAAUCCGAUUGUCCGUUUGAUAGUCGCCGAAUUCGACGUCACCGCGACCACUGUACCUACGACGCCCUUCCGAAAUGUGCGAUGACGACGUGGCCGCGCUGGUGAUCGACAAUGGAUCUGGAAUGUGCAAGGCCGGGUUCGCCGGGGACGAUGCUCCUCGAGCCGUCUUUCCGUCGAUCGUCGGAAGACCCCGAUACCAGGGAAUCAUGGUGGGCAUGGGACAGAAGGACAGCUACGUCGGCGAUGAGGCGCAGAGCAAGCGGGGCGUCCUUACCGUCAAGUAUCCCAUCGAGCAUGGCAUCGUCACCAACUGGGACGACAUGGAGAAGAUCUGGCAUCACACGUUUUACAACGAGUUGCGAAUCGCGCCUGAGGAGCACCCCGUCCUGCUCACGGAGGCACCGUUGAACCCGAAAGCUAACCGGGAGAAGAUGACGCAGAUUAUGUUUGAAACUUUCAACACGCCGGCCAUGUACGUCGCCAUUCAAGCUGUUCUGUCACUGUACGCGUCCGGCCGCACGACCGGCAUUGUCCUGGACAGCGGUGACGGGGUGUCUCACACAGUACCUAUUUACGAGGGAUACGCGUUACCGCACGCCAUCCUGCGCCUGGACCUGGCCGGCCGCGACUUGACCGACUACUUGAUGAAGAUCCUCACCGAAAGAGGCUACUCUUUUACAACCACUGCCGAGCGGGAGAUUGUGCGCGACAUCAAAGAGAAGUUGUGCUACGUGGCCUUGGACUUCCAGCAUGAAAUGGCGACAGCCGCAGCGUCGAGCGCCUUGGAAAAGAGCUACGAGCUGCCGGACGGCCAGGUCAUCACUAUCGGCAACGAACGCUUCCGCUGUCCGGAGGCAAUGUUCCAGCCGAGCUUCUUGGGCAUGGAGUGUUGCGGCAUACACGAGACGACGUACAACUCGAUCAUGAAGUGCGACGUCGACAUCCGCAAGGACUUGUACGCGAACUCGGUGCUGUCGGGUGGCACCACCAUGUAUCCGGGCAUCGCCGAUCGCAUGCAGAAGGAGAUCACAGCGCUCGCGCCAGCCACCAUGAAGAUCAAGAUAAUCGCGCCGCCCGAGAGGAAGUAUUCGGUGUGGAUCGGUGGCUCGAUUCUCGCCAGUCUCAGCACGUUCCAGCAGAUGUGGAUCUCCAAACAGGAGUACGACGAGUCGGGCCCGUUCAUUGUGCACAGAAAAUGCUUCUGAGGACGCUCUCGCGACGUCUUAAUGUUCUAAUCUCCCUCCUCGAGAUACUCUUCGAGCGACACGAUCCUUCGAUGAAUCGCACGCACCGCCGGCUUCA